ACAUUUUAUUGCUUCGAAGCAAUUAUCCGCUAUCGUUUAGCAAAUAGCAAGGGUAUUACAUACAUUCGGUUAGAGCAAUCGCAAUGCAAAACAAUUUGCAUUUGUUCGUUGUUUGGUGGUCUGUGUUACUAUUCCACGAGGGGGUUUGGACUUCCAUUGUUCCUUCCACGAGAGCUGAGAGGGAAUUUACUUUGGUUUUGCUGCACAAUAACGACAUGCACGGUCGAUUCGAAGAAACCGAAAAUAAUUCAGGAACUUGUCAGGACGCUCACAAAAAUGUUAGUUGCGUAGGGGGGUUUGCAAGGACCGCUAAUAUCAUAAGAACAUAUCGACAAGCGGCUCAAGAAGGGACAUCACCACCAGUCUUGUAUCUGAACGCGGGUGACACGUAUGUGGGAACCGCGUGGUCCAGUCUAUUUACGUGGAACAUCAGCUCCGAGUUUGUCAACUUACUCAAACCAGACGCAUUGACUCUGGGAAAUCACGAGUUCGAUUUUACCGUAGAAAAUCUAGCUUUAUUCAUAGGGGCUUUGACGUCGCCUAUAGUCGCUGCCAACCUCAAUUUCACCAACGAACCGGCCAUCGGCAAAGUUCAAAAAUCGGUAGUUCUGGAAGUAUCCGGGCGCAAAAUAGGAGUUAUCGGAUACUUAACGCCCGAAACGAUUCAAAUUUCCUCGCCGGGAAACGUGGCGUUUGAAGAAGAAAUCAUCGCCAUCCGAAGAGAGAGCGAAUUGUUGAACAGUCAGGGCGUCACGAUCAUCAUCGCGUUGGGCCAUUCGGGCUAUUUAAAGGACAAAGAAAUCGCGAGGGAAGUGGACUUGGUGGACGUAGUUGUCGGCGGACACUCGCAUUCGUUUCUAUGGACUGGUGUUCAACCUAGCACGGAUUCCAUAGAAGGGCCUUACCCGACGGUAGUCACCCAGCCUACAGGUAAACGCGUUCCUGUAGUGCAAGCGUACGCUUUCACUAAAUAUAUGGGUGUUUUAAACUUGACAUUCGAUGGCGAUGGAAACUUAACCGAAUUUUCUGGAAAACCGAUUUUGUUGGAUAACGCGGUACCCCAAGAUCCCGACGUACUCUCGCUGUUGGAGGUUUACCGACCCGAAGUGAACGCUUUAAACGAACAAGUCGUGGGAACUUCUAGAGUUAUCCUCGAAGGUUCUUGCAGACACUCGGAAUGCAAUUUCGGCAACUUGAUUGCAGACGCUUUGGUGACGUAUGUCGCCAGUGUCAACACUGAACGCUGGACUAACGCGCCCAUUGCUUUAUACAAUGGCGGCGCUGUUAGAAACACUAUAGACCCUACGGCUACCGGAGGCAAUAUAACUAGAGGGGAGCUGCUUGGUGCGAUGCCUUUCGACAAUCAGGUAGUAGAACUUACUUUGACUGGGUCGGAUUUGGUUAAAUCCCUGGAGCAAGGAGCUAGAGGAAACGGGGAUACUUCGUACGGCGAAUUCAUGCAAGUUUCCGGUCUUAAAGUGCAAUACGACAUGUCAAAACCGUCGUUUUCGAGGGUAUUGUCUGUCAAAGCUAGAUGCGGAGUAUGCGCUGUGCCCGCCUACGAAGAAGUAGUCGCCACCAGCAACUAUACAAUAGUGACAUCCAGCUUUUUAUCAGAUGGCGGGGAUGGGAUAACGGUUUUCAAAAAUUUCGGCAUGGAUAAGAAAAUCCACACACUGAACGAUCUGGAUACGGUGGCUUGGUAUUUUGGGAAAUACAGCCCCGUGUAUCCCGAAGUGAGUGGAAGAAUUCGAAUUAUAAGUCGGGAUCAAACAGAAAAUGAAAGUGAAAAUGGUGACGAUGAGGAUGAAAGUGGUGAAGAUGAAGAUGAACACGGUAGCGGGUCAGAAAAUGCUGCCUGUACGAUUCGCAAUAAUAUCGUUAUUGUCGCGAGUGUGAUCGUACUGGUUGCUACCAUUGAAACUGAUGUCAACAUAAAUUAGAAUUCAGUGUAAUAAUAAAAAUCUUGAAAGUGAGGCAGUAAAUUGAAAUGAUCGAUUCGAACGACGAAAAGGGUGAUUAUGGUGCGAUGGAUUGAAAUUGUCAAGUAUUUACAUUGUCGCCAAUUUAAAACAAUCUAUUGUUUGCCUUGUCUGUUGCAUGUGUGCUCUUUCCACGCUUCACGGGUGUUGAAAAUUUAUAAAAUUGUUCGGCAAACAUGUAAGGCUGUUGUUUUUAAUAAAAGAAACGCCGCUUAAUCGUCAAUUUCUUUUAAUUAAGAAAAUUGGUUUUCCAGCUGAAUCAUCACAAUAAAUAAAUAAUUUAUUUGGGAAGCACACGGAUAUCAAUUAUCAUUCUGUAAUUAUUAUAAGCAAUAUUUAUAUUAUAUGUCGUGCGAUAUGAAAAAUUUUAUU